CUUGAGGAGGAGAGAGAGAGCGAGCGAAAGAGAGAGAGAGAGACGAUGAAGAGACCUCAUGACUACAGCUCUGCUGAAUCAGACACAGAUGAGCUGAUUGAUGUGGGCCAGGAGGACGGCUACUGUCCUGUCACAGGGUCCGUGUCCCCAGGCAGUACGUCUCAGGUUAUGGCCCGAAAGAAGAGGAGAGGAAUCAUCGAGAAAAGACGGCGAGACCGGAUUAACCACAGCCUGUCUGAGCUUAGGAGGCUUGUACCCAGUGCCUUCGAGAAACAGGGUUCCUCAAAACUGGAAAAGGCUGAAAUUCUACAGAUGACGGUGGAUCAUCUCAAACUGCUGCAUGCCAUGGGAGGGAAAGGCUAUUUUGACGCCCACGCCCUGGCUGUGGACUACCGUACGCUGGGGUUCCGUGAGUGUGUCGGGGAGGUGGUGCGCUACCUGAGCUCCUUGGAGGGCUCCGAAUCGGCCGACCCUAUUGGAGCGCGGUUGGUGUCCCACCUGAGUCACUGUGCCAGUGAGCUGGACCCCCUCCUGCAGAGCCCUGCCCUGCCGUUCCCCCCCUGGCCGUGGGGCUCCUUCCCUGCCCUCUCCACGCCCCCCUCCCCUGCUUCCUCUCCCUCCUUCUCCACUGCCGGCCGACGGGACCUGGUUCCACACACGGCGACGACCCUGCUGGCGUACCCGUCCCCGGCGCUCCGCGUGGGGCCUUUGCCAGGCGCGCAAGGCUCCCUUCUGAAUGUGGGGUUCUCAGGGGUGCGCAGGGUACAGUUGAUGCCAUCUGUGACCCACAGACUGUCUCAGAGGUCCCCUGAGGACUCAGUGGCGGCUCCACCUAUUCAUGCGGUCACGCGUUCUGCGCCCUCCUCUUCCCCCAAUCCUCAGCAGACCUCUUUCCGGCCCUUCGUCCCCGUGGGGUCCCCCUCUCCUCAGCGCAGGGGCACAAGUGGGUCCAGUAAGCCUGGACAGAAUUGGGGGACGGAAAUCGGGGCCUUCUGAUACACUGUCUUUCAUCAGACUCUAUACGAUGGUGCCCAAGUGGCCAUGGACACUGCGAGAAGACAGUGAGAAGAAAAAUGUGACUGGCAUGUUAUGACCUUAUCAUGCACAUCAGCUAUCAAGGAUAACCUAUUAGGUUACCAAGGCAACACCUUUCAGUUAUCAUUCCACUAGCUCCAUCGGUACUGUAUGUGCUGCACAUCCAAAGGCCAACAGUCAGUCUGAAUAUUACAGCCACGAGAGACAAACAUGGAAAAGGUGGAUCAUAGAACUUAGUCAUAUACUAAGGGCAGCACACUGCUGCUACAGUACAUUUAAAGGCAGAUAUUGUAGUCAAUUAACAACACCAUUUCCCCUGAUACAUGUUUGAACUGGAUGGAUUGGUCACUGUUAAGGAUAAGCAGAGUUGUCAGCGGAUUGCUGAGUUUGACAAAAAUUGUUUAAUCAUUAUUAUGAUUUUUGCCCUUUAUUUUGUUUUAUUUACUCAAUUCAAUUCAUAAUUUCUUUUAUAUUGAUCCACU